UCCACUCUUCAUUCAAACCUACACCAAUUAUCUAUCUAUUCACCUUUUUACAAACACUUCUUUCAUUCUUAGCUUUUGUUCAACUCAACUCAAUUCAAUCUUUGAAUAUGGCCAAGAGAAAUGUUGCUGCUAACUCUCCUCUUGAGAGAACUAGUUUGGCUUAUCUGGAUCAGAGGUUGGCCAUGGCUAAACGCUGUUCUCAUGAGGGUGUAAUGGCUGGAGCUAAGGCAGCUGUAGUUGCUACCAUUGCCACUGCCAUUCCAACUCUGGCUAGUGUUAGGAUGCUACCUUGGGCAAGAGCAAACCUCAAUCACACUGCUCAAGCUCUCAUAAUUUCCACAGUUGCUGGAGCUGCAUAUUUCAUAGUAGCUGACAAGACCGUGUUGGCAACUGCAAGAAAGAACUCCUUCAACCGACCCUCCAAUGCAUGAAUUCCAAAUGCAUAACUUGGAUAGUGGAUUCGGCUGCGCUGCAUUCGGCUAAUCUUUAUUAACAUUAAGCCAAUUUCAUGUACUCAUAGCAUAUGUACCUAUAAAUAAAGAGUGAUUUGCAUCUCAAUAGUGAGAGAGCGCAUAUGUACCAAUCAAUCAUCAUUAAUUAUAUGAAUGCAAAUCAAUCGUUUCUCUUUA